UCUCUUUUCUAUCCCCAUCCAAACUUGAGGCUGCGGCUAAAGUUAGAUUGGCCGGCGGAGGGGUAUAUAAGCCCCCGGGGAUGUACGUAUAACGCGGCUUCACACUAUCUUUCCUUCUUGAUCAGCCAAACCUCCACUGAUACCGUCUCAAGAUGGCACCAAAGAAGGCCAAGAGGAGGGCAGCAGCAGGAGAUAGCGGCUCCUCCAACGUGUUCUCCAUGUUUGAGCAGAGCCAGAUUCAGGAGUACAAAGAGGCUUUCACAAUCAUUGACCAGAACAGAGAUGGUAUCAUCAGCAAAGAUGACCUGAGGGACGUGCUGGCUUCAUUGGGCCAGCUUAACGUGAAGAAUGAGGAGCUGGAGGCCAUGAUCAAAGAGGCCAGCGGCCCCAUCAACUUCACCGUCUUCCUCAACAUGUUCGGAGAGAAACUGAAGGGUGCUGACCCCGAGGACGUUAUUCUUAGCUCCUUCAAAGUCCUGGACCCGGAGGGUACUGGAACCAUCAAGAAGGGAUUCCUUGAGGAGCUCCUGACCACUCAGUGCGACAGGUUCUCCAAGGAAGAGAUUAAGAACAUGUGGGCCGCCUUCCCCCCAGAUGUUGCUGGCAACGUAGACUACAAGAACAUCUGCUACGUCAUCACACACGGAGAGGAGAAGGAGGAGUAAAGAGAAAGCAAGAAGACACGAAAAGACAGCAAUCCCUUCGCUAUUCUGCCUUCCCUGCCCUUUUCUUUCCUCCUUGCUUCCUUUUUGUGUAAACCCAUGUGCUCAGCCAUUCAUGUUCGAACCAAAGACUUGUCACACCUACACAUGACAGGGCUGAUGCCUGUGGGGUGUCUAUGUUUGCUUAUGGGGAAUAGGGGUGAUUUUCAAUAAAAUUAUCCUGUAACAUCAUUUCCAUCCACAAGCUCCAAAACCUUUUCUUUCCUUGCAAUCAUCUUCUGUCUUCUCACCUCUACAUCUCUGUCUGCCCUGUCACUUCCUCCUCUGAGGUGUUUGUGUGAAUGAAACUUUUCACCCUGCUUCCUGUAGUAUCUGAGGAAAAGACAGGUUUAUUACUGAGAGGGGGCGCACAUAAAGUGGGAGGACCUCAUUCCAAAUUUUGAAGAUGUCCUCUUGGGUGGAGAAGGUGAGAGAACGAAGAGCAUUUGCAGGUUAGAAAGGAAAAAAGUUGUCUCCUUAAAGUGACGACAACUUUUUUCCGUGCGAAGUGGGAAAAAAACACUACCGAAGGAGGGGAGAGAAAGGGCCGAAAGAAAACAUUCAAAUCUUCGUUUUCUUUCCCUCCGCUCCUUCCUCCAUCCAUCCAUUAAAUCAUCUUUUUUUUCCAUAAGCUGUCUCGACCUCAGUGACCUUUCCUCUGUAAUGAAUAAAAGGGACAAACUGUGAAUAAAAUCUCUUUCCUUUUGUA